CGGAGGGCAAAGCUCGAUAUCAACAAAUCGAUAACAAGGAGAAUAUCGGAAAAUCGGCCAAACUUACAUCACUAGGUGUUAUGCAAAAUACGUCAUUUUUUUGACUUUUCGACAGGUUUUUUCCCUUUAAACGAGCGAGGAGACACCAUGGCGACGGCCGUGCCGCAUUGCCCCCAGAAACAGGACCUGCCCCCGCCGGGCGGCUACAAGAAGAUCCCCUUUGCUCGCGUGCCGCCCAAGAGCUACUUUACAGGCUUCACCAUGAUCGGCAGCUAUGUGGCCGUCACGGCCGUUGGCCUGGGCAUCUACUACUUGACCGCCAAGAAGGUGAAGCGCGACGAGAUCGAGAUGCGAUCCGCCCAGAAUGUGAUCUUUCCCAUUUUGGUGGCCGAACGGGAUCGGGAAUUCCUGCGCCAGUUGCGCCGCAACCGGGACGAGGAGGCCGAGCUGAUGAAGAACGUGCCCGGCUGGGAGGUGGGCACCUGGUACGGCGAGCCCGUCUUCAAGACCCUGCCCGAGGACACCCUGGUGACGCCCAUCUUCAAGGAGUUCUACGCCCACUCCGACUGGAAGUCGUACGCCAAGCGUGCCCACCUGAAGCUCUGGUCCUAGAUCGGCCGAAGUUAAUGGAUUAGUUAAUGCCUAAGCCUCCUCCUUCUUUUUUUUGUUUGUAGAUCCGCCUAAGUGCUAAAAAUAUCAUCCAAUUAUAAUGUCUGAUUGAGA